AUGUUGAAAAUCAAUCCGGGCUCUGCCGGUGUGACCGCAAUUCGGCCGGAAGCUCUGCAGGACCAACGAAUCGUGAUGACGCCAUUGAGAUCGCAAGAGUUCUGCUGCGGGAGGGCUCCACGGGGAUUGCUUGGGACGAAGGGAAAGCUAGUUAACGGCGAACAUCCAGCCACAGAUGAAGCCUGUCAAGGGUCGAUGACGGCAAUGGCGUCGGGUGCAAGAUUCCUUAGCAUGAGUUGUUACAUAUUUACGACGACCGGUUCGAACAGGCCUCUGCUGUGGCCAAAGCAAAGGAGUUUCACCGCUGCUUGUCUGGACGGGACUCGGGAGGCAAGUGAUCAGUCGGUGCGGAUUGCUUCGGCGCUCCAUGGAGGCGAUGAUCACGGACAAGAAGAAAUUCAGGUUUGA